GAGAGAGAGAAAAUCAUGUUGAAAACUUUUGCUUUAGUUUUCUUGUUGACUGUCCUUGCCCUGCAGAAUACUAAUGCCUUUGGAUUUGGUAAGAGAGAUCUCUCUUGUCAGGCGGCAAGGAGAUUCUACAAGUACAUAAGCUGUGAAGAUGAUGGGAGUUACAGUAGGCUCCAGUGCAGGAAUAAGUAUUGCCAUUGUGUAAACACUACAACUGGGAGGAAACUGGAAAUGACCAAUUCUUUUAGAAAUGGCACUCAAAACGCCACCUACUGCAUAAAUCUUGAGGCAUGUGGUCCCCAGCAACCCUGCAGGCUGAAUUGUAAAUAUGGCUACGCUACCAAUGGAGUAUGCAAACUGUGCUCAUGCAAGCAAUUGAACUGCAACUACACACGUAUUUCUGAUGCCAUUAGAGGCUGUGGAAGUCGUCACUGUAUCACCAAAGAUAAAUUCUGCUUGAAAUGUAAACCAAACUGCAACGCAAGCAACACAACAGGAGGAGGUAACCCAAACACUCCAAGAAGAUGUGGUAGUGAUGAAGAAUAUGUCACUCGUGGCUAUGGUUGGGGAACAUGCAGGCCAAAGCUGGGAGCUAAUGAUACUUGUAAAAGAGAAGAAGAGAGUAAUGACAGAGAUGAUGAUGAUAACGUUAAUGAUGAUAUAUCAAUUCCUGAGUUCAUACUUAAGCUAGCAAGCUCUCAAGAAGAAGAAAACAUCGAAAAGGAAGAGAGGAAACAUGUUAGUAUGUUAUUUGCUGGAGCUUUAUCUCGUAAGGUCUCAAGAAUGAUAAACAAGGCAAAGAAAGAGUGUCAAAACGGCUACUACUGCAGGAAGAAAGGAGAUGGGAGUGAAGGGAAAUGUGAAAAGAAAAAUGUAACUGGAGUAUGCUUCAGUCAGAGAGGGAAAAGUUCUAAUGAGUGUGACAACAAUGGUUAUUUCAAGCCUAGAUACUGUAAAACCAGGAACAUUAGGAUGAGCUGCAUAUGUGUCUUCCCUAUCAAUGGAACAAGACUGAAUAACACCAAAACAACAUUCAGUACCACUGGAAACAAGGAAGAGAAUGAGAGGAAGAAACCUAAGUGCACUACAAGUGUAUAUGGGAUAUGUAGUGUCACUAGAGAUGGACGUCGUUUCAUUGUGAGCCAUGGAAAGCAUGACAUUGAUCCGUGCUCAUGUAAAAAGUGCAUAUGUCUCUUUGGUACAAUGUAUUGUAAGACUAGGAGUAACUGCACUGGCUGUAGUGCAAAGAAUAAUUGUACUUUAGAUGACGGUACUAGCAUUGCUAAUGGUAGAUCAACCAGAAUAGAGUGCAACUGGUGUAAGUGUAGGUAUGGUGAUCCGUUGUGUACUCAAAGGAAUUGUGGCAAUAUGACCGGAAGACAGAUGAGCAACUGUACCAAGUGUCGCUAUGAGAAAGUUGACAAAGUCUGUGGUCCUAAUGGAAAGACGUACAUCAACCGUUGCACAGCUGUGUAUUGUGCUGGAGUAGCCUCUGUUGAUCUUGUAGAAGGUGGCUGUGCCAAGAGUAAUCCUUGCUUAAGGUUUCCGUGUUCAUCCGGUGAGAUAUGCUUAAGGAGAGGAGGAGUGUCUUGUCUUAAUCUAAAUACUGGCUGCAAACCAGAUACACUGAGAUACUGCAUUAAUGUGACAGAUCUUGAUUGCUCAAAUACCACUGUGACCAAUAGCACUGAUGACGAUGAUGACUCAGAUACUGAUGGAGAUGGUAUUGGUAAUGGUGAUGUUGAUCCUGAUGAUACUUCAAUAUGUGGGACUGAUGGAAACACAUAUGCAUCAAUAUGUCACAUGCUACAGACCUCCAAUGAUGUACAAGUACUUCACGCUGGGCACUGUAAUGCCUCAAGAUGUAAAGGAGGAAGUGUUUGUGGGACUGAUGGUGAGACUUAUGAGAAUAUAUGUGAGUUGCGUACGAGAUCAGACAAUGCCCGAAUGGACUACAAAGGAACUUGCAUUGACGAUGAAAACAUGACAGCUAGCGAUGUCUGUGACCAAGUUAUUGCAAAUGGCCGCUGUCGAUUUAAUUCCGACAAUUGCAAGUGUCUGAUAAGGCCCGCAGUUGGAUGCUGUCCAUUGUGUGGUGGAGCUGUACUAGCACUACUGGAUAGGAAUGGUAUCAGUGAGGCCAGCUCCCUGGACCCUGACCUUGAGACACUGGACGGGUUGAUGGGGCAACUGGGAGCCUCAGAAGACGUUUUUUAUAAUUUAUCUGGACGCUGCUCUGUGGAACCAGUACUAACUUCUGGUGGUAAUAUUGAGCUAGUCCUUGCAGCACUAACCAAUGGAUCUCAGUGUGAUUGCUACAAUGCCUCUACUAACAUGACUGCUGCUAUCAAUAGAUCCAUUGGCACAACUAUCAGAAGUCGUAGGGAGACUACUGAAGCAUCUCUUCCAACGUCUUAUCAGUUUAUACUGCUGGCCAGCGAAGCUGAGAUUGAUGCAAACAUCAAUAAUAAUAAUAAUACUAACAACACCGGAGGAAACAACAGUACUAGUACACCAACUACUAGUACUCCAACUACUAAUGUGCCUCCAACUUCAAGUGGUGUCACUGCUACAUUUGCUUUCAUGACAGUUCUACUGUUAACAGUCCUGGCCAUUGUUAUACAGUAGGCUGGUGGCAUGGAGCUGCUGUGGCAGCACAAGAUACUUGAACUUUUUUUUGUUAGCCUAGGAACUGUUUGUAUAUCUGUAUUAUUAUUUUCAUGUCUUUGUCUCUUAGAGUAUUUUUCUUUUUUUUCAGUGAAGUAUUUAGCCUUUUUUUAGUUAAGAAAAUCUUUAAAAACAGUA